UUAUUGAAAAUUAUUCUAAAAUAAAAGUGCAAUGACAAACUUGUUCUGGGGGAUUUUACCUGUCAUUCUGCAGAUUGGGCCAGUCCUGGCUCAAUCAGCAGCCACUGCAGGCGCAGAGAAUAACGAUGAAGAGGGAUUUUGACAGGAUUCAGCUUUUAUCUGAACUGGCCUGCUUGUGUUGAUCAUUGGAAUAUGAUUUCUAAUUUGUGCCCUUGUUCUUGUCUGCAUUUUUAUCAAAACUCAGUCUACGAGCAAUGAGAGAAGGAAACAGCGUAAAGCUGCUAUACAAUCAAAGAAAUAUAAAUGAAAGAAAACAAAAAAAGACGAAAAGUCUCUCCCUGAUGAAGGAUCAAAUCAGCCUUCUGGAGACGAGGAAUCUUCUGGGCAGAUUCCAGCUAGUGAAAGCAAAUCUGAGGAGGUUAGCUCGGGUUAAACUAUUGGGAAGUAUAAGAUAUCUGGCUAAAUUAUAAAAAAUGCUUU